CUGAUCACGUGACAUCUGCCACUUACUCCACUUGAAGCAGAACACCGGCGCGAAGUGGAGCAGGCAGCAUCCCGAGUGCCGAACCGGUUACCAUGGCGACAGCGAUAUUCAAGGAGACUGCGAGCAUAAAGCAAGCCGUCUCCAUUAUCAAUGACAUGGAUGCUGGCAAGUUCCCCAGGCUUCUCUCACGCAUUCUUCAAAAGCUUCAUCUGAAGGCUGAACAGAGUUUUAACGAAGAAGAAGAGGAGAAACUUCAAGCAGCCUUUUCAUUGGAGAAGCAGAGUCUAAAAUUGGUCUUGGAGACCAUCUCCUUCAUUUUGGAACAGGCUGUGUAUCACAAUUUAAAGACGCCAGUGUUUCGCCAGCAGCUGGAGAAUAUCCAUCUGGAGCCGAGUAAAACUGAAGCAUUUGCCAGUGUCUGGGAAAAUGCUGGGCAGGAGACUGUGGAAAAAUUUAGACAAAGGACUUUAACUCCUAAAAAGCUGGAGACAACUUCCUGGCAGCUCAACCUCCAGAUGGCUCAAUCCACCCAAGCAAAAAUGAAAUCUCCCCAGGCUGUGCUAGAACUUGGAGUUAGCACCGAAGACACAAAGAACCUGGAGAAGAUAUUCGUGGAGUUUAACCACCAGGAGCUUUUGGAGUUUUAUAACAAGCUCGAGACUAUCCAGGCGCAGCUGGAUUCCCUUACGUGAUGUCUUAAAGAUGGGUUCUUCCACGGCACUCCUGCCACCUCAUUAUUUUCUAUAGAAGAUAGAUUGCCAAGCUGUGUUUGUUAAAAGAAUCAAUGGACUGCUUCUUGUAAAAUUAUAUGGCUUAUCUCCUCUUAGAGUAGCAACAUUAGCCGAGGGAGAUCAUUGCGAGGAAUGCCGAGAGUCUAAUUGACUCUCUGGUUGGUUUCUGUGAAUAAGGGGCACAACAUACAUGAUUGAGAUAGCACAGAAGAAAGUAAUGAUCAUUCUAGUUAUACUUCUACCAUACCCCUAAUAUAAAAAAGUGAG